GACAAGCUGAUUUAUUCUUCUCAAMAACGGAUUAUGGAUCGAAAACAAAUUAUCGAGAAACAGAAAGCUCUUGGAAGUAUUUGUCAAAGCAAGACGGGCGACGCCAUUUUGAGAAARAAUGUCUUCGAGACGAGGGUUUUGAGAACAAGGUUGUCGGAGCUUGAAACAGAAGAACGAAGAUGGAAGACAAAUUAUUCGUUUGAGGUUAGAGAGGCGAAAAAAGAGGCCCGUACUCGARAAAUUGCUAAGCAUCGGUCGUUUCGAGAAGUUGCUGGAGUGGCGUUCGCUGCAAACAAGUUUAAAAAUCUUUUAACUACGACUCAAAGAAUUGGUAACCAUGUUGAUGGCAUACAAGRACCUAAAGAAGCUGAUGUCGUAGAUGACAAGCCUAAAGAACCUGUYCAGCAAAGUAUUGAAGAAGGAAAGCUAACGAAAGCGAAAAAAGAACAGCAAAAGACAGCCCAAAACAAGGAUGAAUCGCAUACUGCAAGCACAAUCAACAUUACUUCCAGUGAUAACACCAAAACUCCACUUAAAUUUUCCUACUCGCUCCCAGAAAAAACACAGCAUUUUUCAAGCCCUUUAUUUACACGUCGAAGAGGUGAUACUUUCACUGGAAGGUCAUUCAAAACUACUGAUUUGCCGAAGAARAUCAAGAGUGGAAUUUUCACACAUGGAAUAAGAGGGAAUAAAGUUUGCACUCGCAUCUGCAGCCCGCCGUUGUYAGAGAACGCUUCCUUGACGAAAUUGCCAAUGCUCGAUAAGCGGUUCUUGGAACUGGRAGCAGUUUUGGUGCCUAUGAAUCAAAAUGAAGAAGGCACGAGUGAGAACGAAGAAGAAGAAGACGACGAUGACGACAGAGAAUCUUUGAAUGGCGUGUCGUGGAGAAGUGGAUCUUCAAUGUCAUAAGCAUUUUGUAGUACAUUUUAUGCCGCGAGGA